AUGAAUGAACCGAUGGACGUUCAAGAGAAUAAUUUGGAGAUGGAGAAUGAGACAGCACCUUUGAGCAAUGCGGGAACAGUUAAUUCUUCUGUUCCCGUGUUGCCCCACUUGCAGCAACAACAACAACAACAGGAACAAUCGAAGGUAGACUAUGAACAGGAGGCUCAGAAAUUGGAAGAUAAGGCGGCGCGGUUUUUAGCGAAGCAGGCGCAUCCUGUGAUUGUUCCUUCGUUUGCGUCAUGGUUCCAAUUCAAUGAUAUACAUGAGCUGGAGAGACGUGCAUUGCCCGACUUUUUUAACGAUUCAUCACGUUUUAAAACGCCGAAAACGUACAAGGAUGUGCGUAACUUUAUUGUGAAUACAUAUAGAUUAUCACCAUAUGAGUACUUAACCAUUACCGCUGUGAGAAGAAACAUUGCGAUGGAUGUUGCAUCGAUUGUAAAGAUUCACAAGUUUUUGGAGGAGUGGGGGUUGAUUAACUAUCAAAUUGAUCCCAGAUCAAAGCCAUCUCUAUUGGGGCCUGCGUUUACAGGUCAUUUUCAGGUUGUGUUAGAUACCCCGCAAGGAUUGAAGCCCUUUGUACCUCCCGAUGUAGCGGAAAUUCCGAUUGAAACGAAUGGGUCUGGUGGUUCUGCGGCUUCCAAUGGAGAAACGAACUCUACUGACGAGGAGCCCUCUGCAAAUUCCAGCAGUGUGGCCACGCCUUACUCGACUGCGCCUAAAGUAAAGGUGGAGUUCAAGCAACCCAAGCCGUUCCCUGUAAACCUUUCUCUGCGGAAGAACAUUUAUGAUUCGAUUCACGAUUUCAAUGCGUUGCGUUCGCAGCAACAGCAAUCUAAACAGAUCCACAAGACAUAUGCCUGCUUUACAUGUGGUAAUGACGCAGUGGGGGUACGCUACCAUAAUCUGCGUUCUGGUGUUAAUAAUUUGUGUUCCCGCUGUUUCCAAGAAGGCCAUUUUGGUGCCAAUUUUCAUGCGUCCGAUUUCAUAAAGUUGGAAAAUAUGAUGCGCAGCAGUAAAUAUUGGUCUGAUCAGGAAUUGUUGUUACUUUUAGAAGGUAUUGAAAUGUACGAAGAUAACUGGGAAAAGAUUGUAGAUCAUGUAGGUGGAUCUAAGACCUUGGAGGAAUGUGUUGAGAAAUUUUUAACAUUGCCAAUUGAAGAUAAAUACAUUAACGGAAUUGUCCCACAAGAUUCAAAGGAUGGUAACAAAGUCGAGGAGUUUGUAACCAAGGAUGCCGUAAGCGCAACGAUACAGGCAUUAUUAAAUGGCAUUAAUGACAAGGUUCUAAAAGAAGACAUUCCAAGAUCAGCCAAACAAAUAUCCGAAAAAUACUUACAAGAAGCACACAUUGUCACACAUGAUUUGGUACAGUUAACUUUGGAGAAGCUAGAUCUCAAGUUUAGACAACUUGACUCUGUUGAGGCUGCAUUGAAAGUAGAACGUGACAAAUACGCCCGGGAGACAGAAAAACAAAGAAACGACAGAUUAUCUUUAAGCAAGCAAGUGACAGACAUUAACAAGGAUUUGACAAAAUUAAAUAUAUCCAAAAAACUAGUACUACUGUCCGAACAGGCCGAUUCUGGCGUUGCCUUAGUAGAAAAAGAGUCUAACGCCAACGAAGAGGAAUUAAAGAAAAUAGCUCAGCAGGAUUUAGAAAGUGUGUCUAAGGCCCAACCACAAUUAUACAAGCCGUGGUCGUUGUAA